AUGAAUGCAAAGAUCCAUGGGGACCGCAGCAUCACCGCCAGCAGCCGCGGCCCGGCUCGUUGCCGGGUUACCACCGUCUCCUUCCCAGCGUACCUCAGUGCUGGUCUCCGCGCGGCUUCCGUCCGCCGCCAUCUUGUUCCUGGCGGGUGGUGCGGGUCUGCGGGUGCCAUGGACACCGAUGACACGGGGAAUCGACUUCGGUUCCAGCUGGAGUUAGAGUUUGUUCAGUGUCUGGCGAAUCCAAAUUACCUCAACUUUCUUGCACAAAGAGGCUAUUUCAAAGACAAAGCUUUUGUAAAUUAUCUUAAGUAUUUACUUUAUUGGAAAGAACCUGAAUAUGCAAAAUACCUGAAGUAUCCACAGUGUUUGCAUAUGUUAGAGCUGCUCCAGUAUGAACAUUUCCGCAAAGAACUGGUGAAUGCUCAGUGUGCCAAGUUCAUUGAUGAGCAGCAGAUUCUUCACUGGCAGCACUAUUCCAGGAAAAGAAUGCGCCUCCAGCAAGCACUUGCAGAGCAGCAGCAGCAAAACACCUCUGUAAAAUGAGACCAUGUGGUGGGAGCAUGUUGAUGA